CAUCCGGUUAUCGAUCAUUUCGUUAGAUGCCUAAUUGCGGCAUCCCCGGAAAUAUAAAGCACAAACCCUAAUAACUUCUCUCUUCACUGCUCUCCGCACUCAGCUGCCUAAACAGACGCAGCCACCGUCUACUCUUCGAGUAGCUUGCAUUUGUGAAGAUGGUGAGAGUCAGUGUCUUGAAUGAUGCUCUUAAGAGCAUGUACAAUGCAGAGAAGAGGGGAAAACGACAGGUCAUGAUCAGGCCAUCAUCAAAAGUGGUUAUAAAGUUUCUUCUGGUCAUGCAGAAGCAUGGUUAUAUUGGAGAAUUUGAGUAUGUUGAUGAUCACAGAUCUGGAAAAAUUGUGGUUGAAUUGAAUGGAAGGCUGAACAAAUGUGGGGUUAUUAGUCCUCGUUUUGAUGUUGGGGUCAAAGAAAUUGAACCUUGGACUGCAAGACUACUCCCCUCAAGACAGUUUGGGUAUAUUGUGUUGACAACAUCUGCGGGCAUCAUGGAUCAUGAAGAAGCUAGGAGAAAGAAUGUCGGCGGUAAAGUGCUUGGCUUUUUUUACUGAGCCGGGAUUUUGAGGGUUUCUUUUUUGUCACGCGCGGCCUUUUAUGAAAGAAUUAUGUUCUAUAGAUUUUUAUUUGGAAUCUGGUUAGACUUUUUUGUCUUUGGUUUUGAUUUUCUUUUCCAAGUAUUGCAUUUGGGAUUGUUGCUUAUUGAAAACUUAAGCUGUUAGCCCGUUACAAAGUAUUUUUUUUUUUGGUAAUUAUGAUUAAAAAAGAACCCUCUCGAUUUUGGAUUUCA